AUGGCGGCGCCCGCCAUGGCCGCAGUGCUGAAGCGCGAAACAGGAUCAUGCUGCAAGAGUUAUACAGAGGUGCUGGAAAAGCUGCAUGGAUGUGCGGUGUUUCGGCACUACAAGGAGCUCAUCAGCUUUAAAGGAACAGGGAAUCCUCGUCUGCUCAUGAAGGGUAUUGACCCUCGGGAGGCCGAGUUGCUAGAUGUUGCAGCAGGUGCUUUCAUCAAAUUCAGGCUGGGUGGCGCCAGUUUUCCUCCAAACAUUUAUUAUAAAAUAUUCACUCACAGACCUAUUGUGGACAUGUGUGCCAACAGCCCUAAAGACUACACAAAACCAAGUCCCAAGCAGGUGCUGCAGGAAAGGAUUCUUGGAAAAAUAUGGGAGGAUGAUGGCAGUGGCUGGUACAAGCGUGUGGAGAACAAUGGUUGGAGACUUCUUUCCAUCAGAUUUUGGAGGGCUAUAGAUCCUGUAACGGACGAGGGAAACAGAAAGGCAGAGGAGUUUCAUUACUCUAAGAUGAAGAGGAAGCAAGAAAUUGAGAAAAAGCGGAAAAAGAGAAAAAUUGAAUGGAUGAAAAAAAUGUACCACGCGGGAAGCCUGAGGGCCGCCACGGAGGAUCCCGCUGCUGCCCUGCGAGUUCAGAGGGCUGCGGAAAGCGUCGUGGACGCGGUGGAGAAACAGGGAUCAAACAGCGUCACGGACUGGGAGGUGGAUGAAAUACUGAGGUGGACAAAUGCACUCAACUAUGAGCAGUAUAUCAGCCAAUGGAAUAAAACUGCAACAAGCGACUCGUCAGCUAACUGCCAAGGCUUCCAGUUUCUUCAGCCACCACGUGGUACCUGUGAAUGGUCCCGGAUUCCCCACCUUAACCUAAGACCAGUGAAUCUUAGUUCUUUAUCUGCAAGAGAAGCAGAUUUUGCAUCACGAGCAAAUGUAACACCAGCAAAUACUCCUUUUCCUUGAGGAAGAAAUUUCUCCACUGGGUACAAAUUCUAAGUGGUAACUUUGCUAUUCUUGGGCUGUAAUUUGCUUUAUUUUGUUGUGAUGUGAAGUA